CUGUGAGAUACACCUGAACAGGAAAGUUUCAGCAAUUAGGAAACUCCAGCUGAAUACUGACUUGUGCUGCCUUGGCAAAAGGCAUGGGAAAGGGGCAGCACCGCCGGAGGACGCGUCCCAUCCUCGCCGGGAGGAAGAGGAGGAGGAGGAGGAGGAGGUGGUCUGUGAGCGGCCGGAUUGAUGGCAGCGGAGUCCUGUGGCGCCAGCCGAGCCCCAGGCAUGAUGGGGACCCACCACCCGCUGCCAUGAGGACCAGCCGCUGCAGCCACCUGCCGGGGGUCCCACCGGAGCGCCCGCGCCCGCCGGCGGCCGACGGCAAGACCCUGCCCGGCGGCAGCGGUGGCGGCGGCCCGGCCGGCAGCUGCCCCCAGUAUGUCAUGCAGGUGUCAGCCAAAGAUGGGCAGCUGCUCUCCUCCGUCGUGCGGACGCUGGCCACGCAGAGCAGCCCUUUCAAUGACCGGCCAAUGUGCAGGAUCUGCCACGAGGGCAGCAGCCAGGAAGACCUGCUUUCCCCCUGCGAGUGUACGGGGACCCUGGGGACCAUUCACCGCAGCUGCCUGGAGCACUGGCUGUCAUCUUCAAACACCAGCUACUGUGAGCUCUGCCACUUCAGGUUUGCAGUGGAGCGCAAACCCAGGCCACUGGUGGAGUGGCUGAGGAACCCAGGCCCCCAGCACGAGAAACGGACUCUUUUUGGAGACAUGGUGUGCUUCUUGUUUAUCACUCCGCUGGCGACCAUCUCUGGCUGGCUGUGUCUACGAGGAGCGGUGGACCACCUGCACUUUAGUAGUAGGCUAGAAGCUGUUGGCCUCAUUGCACUCACUGUCGCACUCUUCACUAUUUACCUCUUUUGGACCCUAGUAUCCUUUAGGUAUCACUGUAGAUUAUACAACGAAUGGCGUCGGACCAAUCAGCGAGUGAUACUCCUCAUCCCCAAGUCUGCCCACGUCCCGUCCAACCAGCAGUCCCUGCUGGGCCUGCAGUCCCUCAAAAGGAACUCAAAGGAGACCAUCGUUUGACUGGGGCAGUUCUGCACGGGGGCCACGCACUACUAAGUAAACUUCUCAAAUUCAUUGGGGUCAGACACCACCCAGAGCCCAGGAGUGCGCUAUUCUGAUUUACAAACUCUGUGUUGAGGAAAAAGAAAAAUCAGUUUGAAUUCAAAUCAUGGAUGCUGCAAUCAUAUGAUAUUUGCUAAGCUGCCAAACUUGUUUAUUUAGCAGAUACUGUAUGGAAUUCUACAAACUCAUGUUAAUAUUUGCAUCAUCAAGUGAUGCAAACUUUUUUAUUGUUUAAAAUAUUAAACUAUCAUAAUUAACAAUGCAAAACAGGUUUAAGUGCUUUGUUUUUAUAAUUUCUGUUCCUGCAGUAUUAUUUCUUUAGGUAGAUGACAGUAAUCAGUGCUGCUUUUUCUUUCCUAAAGCACAGCAAUAGCAUUCCCCCAUGUGAUUUUAUUCGGAACUCCUUUAUACCAGUAUUUUUUAUUAUUAAAAUUUGUGUGUAAUGAGCUCAACAAAUUGGCAUAUUAUUUAAACACUAUGAAGUGAUUGGAAAGUUAACCUUCUCUGUUUCCUAUUUGGCAGGGAAGUUCUGAUGGGAAAAUACUUCACUAAUAAGUUAAACACGUGCAAAAGAAGGAAGUGACAAAUCACAAUGAUCUUCCCACUUAAAAGUAUUCUAGUAUAUGCCACUCAGGAAAAACUAAUUGUACUUUUUCCACUCAGAAGCAACAAACAAGGCACUACAUUCUGCACCGAAGUGCACGUUCUGCUGGUGUGAACUGAAACUUAACCAAUUUACUCUGCAUUUCCACCAAGCUGAAUUUAACCUUAAUUUAAGACCCAUUUUUGAAAGGAAAACUCUGCAUACAUAAUGAGAAGAUUAGAUAUGUUUAAGAAAGCUGGAACUUGUCUUGCAUAAAAAUUAGCAAUAUUUUGAAGCUGCAGAAUUUUGAGCUUGACAGGUAGGUUUAGCAGAGUGUAUAGAAACCCUGACCUCUCAUUGUAGCACUGAGACUGAGACUCGUUUUUAACAAUGUAGUGCAUAGCCUCCUAUGGUGACCAAACUUUACACUGGAGUGUAAAGACUAGACCUUAUUCCUGGGUGGCAUUAUCUGUUUCCCCUUGGUUUUUUGCCCAAUUCAUUCAGCAAUUCUUCACUCUCAGAAGACACACAGUUAUGUAAAGAGACUUAUUUUACAGAACUACACAAAAUUCUAUUAAGAAAUGCUGCUAGAACUAAAAUUUAUACAUAGCCCCCCUCCAAACAGAUGAAUUUUUCAGAAACGUGUAUAGAUGGCAAUGCCACCAUGUGCUUUGUUUUCCAAACUCAGCAGGAACUGAAAAUAAAAAGGAACACAAAGCAGGAAGACUAGUAAUUUAUAAUUCAGAUAGUUCAAGGUAUUACGGUGUUUACCAUCCAACAAGAGCUUAUUUGAUGCUGUGUGUGCUCUAUGGGAGAAAAAGCUUAGUACAAAAAACCAAAUCGGUUCGCUUUUUUAUUCUGUUUUUGGACCAGUCUGUCUGGUUAUGUUAUUUAACAAUAUUCUUUGUAACUGUCAAUUUCAUGGGGAUAUAAGAAGCAACUACCUAUAUAAAGCAAUAACAGCCUCAUUCAGACAUUAAACUGGUUUCACAGCAAGCCAAGGUAUGUAAGAAAACCAUGAACCUGCAUAUCUAUACUCAUUAGUCUGACAAUAAGGGCAGGAGUUGGUCACACGUUUGGCACCUUCUCUUCCAGAGAAAACUACACAAGACUCUGAAGACAUGGAUACCACGAGCUCUGUGAUGGCUGAAACCUGUACAGCUUACUUUUAAACCCUCUUCCCAAAGGCAACUAACUAUCCACAUAGAAGACUGAACAUGCAUAUGAGUGCCAGGUUAAAAGAAAACCUGCUAGCCAGGGGCACAGAAAUAAAACAAGUCUAGCUGGGUCCAGGACCAGUGUUUAAAUGCCUACACCUUUGAUUUAGGUAAGAUUUUAUCAGAAUUUUAUUAUUACUUUUGCUUCUUGGGAGAUAACCCAGCAAACUGGCCCAUAACCUAAGUGUUAUUCCUGAGCACAAACUGUUCUUGGUUUUGUUUAAUGAAAAAACUCCACAUUAUCCUAAUUUUUUUAGCAGCUACUAGGAAAAUUAUUAUUCAAAUCAAGCUGCAAGGUAUGUGCACAUAGAUCAGCAUAAUGGCUUAGCCCAGCUUGUGUGUUUUCUUUCUCUUUUUUUUUUGUUUAAAGCCAGUUUAUUUAAUCUGAAGAAGGCAUACUGAAGCACCAGAGAGGAAGUAUGGUCCAGUUUAGCAAAUAUGUUACUGCUGUAGUCGCUCUGCUUGAUGCACACAUACAGCAAAACUGACUGGUGAAGUCACUAGCAGUAGUCUCCCAUGCCUUUUCUUCAGAAAAAAAUAUGCCAGAAAAGAUCCUUUUGCAUUAAACCCAUGGAAAGAAGCAUACUUCAUAAUCUUCCCCCUUUUUCCUAAAAUGCAAGAGUGGGAAGGUAGGUGAUAGUAAUUCUUAUUCCCACUUCGGUCUGCAAGUCUUCAGUUGAGAACAGAAGGCUCCUCCUGAUAAGUACUGCUGUUUCUUCCACUACUUUAGGCUACUGUUGCCAUGUCCAAAUUUCAGUUAAUGAUUUUAAAACUGGAUCACGGCAGCAAAUAUUUUACAACAGCACCAAUGCUCAUUUUUGUUUGAGUAGACAUGAAAGAUGAAUUCAGCUGCAGCAGUAGCUACAGUUAGCAAAGCAGCACAAUCUUUGUUAUGCUAUCCUCAAAGAGCAAAAAUAAAAGUUAACCAAAGAAAGGAUGGGGAAACUCUUUAUUUAAAAAAAGAAAAAAGGAGAGGAAAAAGUGUCAGUCAAUUUCCUUCUCAGCAACAUUAUGCUUUCUUCUCAUGCAGCUGGCCUUGACGUUUACAUUCCUUCCCAAUUUAAGACGUUACAUAGAAGGUGCAGCAUUCCAAUCAGUAUUUUGAGGUGCAAGUGAUGAAAGCAACAGCAACCUAGGCCACCCAAAAACUCUUCUAAGAGGCUGCAGACACACUAGUUUUGUUCCUUCCUUUCACAUCCUACUUGCCAAUCACAGAGAUUGCCAUCCCAAGUGUAUCGAGUUAAACCCACACAGAGUCCACAACAAUUCAGUAUUAAUGAUGAGUACACUGCAAAGUGAGGAAGUUUUACUUCUUCUACAUAGACUAGUGUUGCCGAGAAAGGGCCAUCACAUUACAUAAAAAAACCAGACAAGGUAGGCUUAAAGUAGAGUUCAGCAGUGGUAUUUGACAUGAUGAUGCUGCUGAAAAGGUAUGAGGUUCAGCAGCAGGAAGCGAGGCAAGUCCUCACUUCUAGUGUAGCGAGGAGAGUAAAACAGAGGAAGCAGCCAUAUAAAUCACUUUAUGUGUGAGAGAAGGGGAAGAAACACAUUUAAUGCAGAGAAUAAACUGAUACAGAAGGAUGUAAGUGAAGAUUUAGAAAUACAGCUUUCUGUUCAACUGGAAGUCACGGUGUAAGCAGGAUUAAAGAUACUUCAGGAUUUUUGGGUUUGGGGGUUGUUUUUUUUCUCCUUUACUGUAUAAUUCUAUCAGAUUGAGACUUCAAACUGUCAUUUAUUAAAAACUGCUUUGCAUCAGUUUCACAGUAGGAAUUCACCCAGGGAAAUGUGAAAACUCAGUAAACUCAGUACAUAAAGGGAAUUGGGGCCAAUAUAUGCCUUUGGUGUGAUGGAUACCAUCAGAAAGAGAAAUUAAAAGCUACUGUGAGCAACACAUAUUAAGGGCAAAAAGCCCUCCUUUUCAACCGAAGGUAAGUUUAAAAAAAUAACUGUUAGUAAUUAAGCUCUUCAUUUGUUAUUAUGAGACCAAGGUCCAUUUAACAGAGAGCUGGCUAAUUAAAAAAGCAUUUUCCUUGCAAGCAGAACUGAGUAUUGCCUGUUUACUGCCAAAUACUGCACUUGGGAUAUUCAGAAGUAUCUUUAAAAACUAUUAGACAAUGCAAAAUGUACAAAGGCCCCAUAGCUUUAUAAACACCUAGCAGGCCCAUUAAACAAUAAAGCUUACAGUAUGGGUAUAUAGUAUGUAACAUAACUGAUGAUGACACCACACUGCAUACUAUUUCAUUGCUGUUACUUCACAUUUCAAAUUUGAUUUCUACACACUUUCUCAAAAAACAGGUUACAUCUCUUAACAGCUGCCAGGUUUGUUAGUACUUGUGACUGCUUUCAGGUCUUGAAGUUUUUAUUGACAGCCUCUUACACCUCAUUGUGGCAAUGCUACAAAACAUUUUUUCUUCCUUUUGAUUUUAAAAGGUUGUAAGAACUGAUUGUGAUCUUCAUCUUUAUCCUAAGUGUACAAAAUGCUUUCUCAAUAAAACUUGUUAAA